AUGGAAAAAUGGAGUUUUCAGGAAGACUCUGUCUUGAUUGAUCUCUACGGCGUGCGGGGUCUCCAAUGGGUAACGGUCUCCCAUAUCCUAGAUACCAAGUCUGCUCAUCAGUGUGCCAAAAGAUGGCAUAAUGCACUACGCCCUGGAAUUAACAACAGACCAUUCACUACCUUUGAACAUGAUGCAGUUAGACGGUCGUAUAGUGAGCAUGGGCCCAGAUGGGGUAGGAUUUGUUCAGCCAUCCCUGGCCGCACCCCAGAGAUGAUAAAGGCCAGUUUGGAGCAGACGCAAGCGGAACUAGAACGUAUUCGAGUUCAAAUGUCAAUAGAACGUCUACUAAACUGA